CUAGUAUUAUGGUAGAAGAUGACAGUUCGGUUCUCCAAUCGACACUAUCCGAGGAGAUGCCCAUUGCGCUAAGCGCUGGCCAACUACCUGGCGCGCCGGGCGCCUCCCAAGUGCCAUCAUACGACACGCAAUUCUCCAGUACAACAUCGCUUAUCCUCGAGCGCAUUAAAAACAAGAGCUUCAAUGCUGGUCUUUCUGACGCCUCGAACAAGCUGUCAACGCCGGACAGGGAGGCUUUCGAGGAUGCCAAGUCGAGGUUGAUGCGAGAUAUGAACACCACUGUCACGCUUUCGACACCCGACCGAACGACACCGUCGCAGACACCACAGAUACCGCCUUCCAUCGAGACACUGAGUUUGAGAAUGGAGCUCGAGAGAGCCAAGAAUAAGGAUGACCAGAAUAAGAGGAAGAGAGAGGCAGCGAAUGCGCAGAGAGGACCGGAUUUCAGUACACAAGCAUCAGUCGACCUACCGACAAGGCUAAUCCCCAAGCCAAGGCGGCAUCCUGCCACAGGCAAACCAUUCGUGUCACUGGAAGACAUUGAUAGAAAGGAGAAGAUUGAGCGCAUUCGGAAAAAGAGGCUCGCCUCUUUGCCUGAGGGUGCCGCCCCGGCGAGACCUGACCUCGUCGGAUUCGAAGCCGGGGGAGCAUCAACGCAUGCUCGGACGCAGUACUUCUCGCGCAUGAAAAGCGACGACAUUCUUUCCAUUCUCUCUUUCUGCGAUCGGCUUCGGCCUCAACUGCUGACCGAUGUAAUGGUCUCCAUUUCCAAACAACACCCCGAUCUACCCAUGUUCAGCUCACCGACCUGGAGUGACGGGAUUCCCGAGCCUCCUCCGCCGCCCAUGAGCGCGGCGCAGCAGUUCCAGAAACGCGAACAAAUCCGACCUCGAGCCGGGCCGAGCCUGCUGAACUCCAAAGCCAAGCAGAAGAUCAAGGGGAGACCGGUACUGAAGAAACCACUCAAACGGUCGAGACUUUCAGAAGAAGUACCUGUCGCAGGAGCCGAGCCCGCAGUGGAAGAGGUGGAGGAGGAUCCGUUGCCGCCGUCGUGGCCCAAGCCAGGGGAGGGUCUAUAUGCGAAACUGGCGUCUGAGCUAGAGGACAGGAUCUUUCUCGUGGACGGCAACGAUGAAGAGGUCUUUAGUCAUUUUAUGGUCGACAAGCUGGGGCGUCAGAUCAUUCCUGUGUAAGGACUUGAACCUGCGAGGCCGCGGCGGGUUUCUGUCUCGACACAAGUCGCCCAUGCUUUGGGGGUAAGGCGAGACACUGGAAGGAAACAGUGGCGCAAUGAUCAGCGCCAACCCUCAUACAAUCUGUAUAACCAUCCGAAUGCACAGUCGUUCUUGUGCAUUGGUGUCUGUUGUCGUUUCUGGUCUCGUUGAUCACGGUUCAGGGAGCAGGAACUGUAUUGUAUGUCUGUAUAUACUUAGCUCGCAUAUAUGUUACUGG